UGUUAGGCUGAGAGAAUGUUCCGCAUCACCUCUGUGGGAUGGAAAGUGGAUGGACCGAGUCUGUGUGCUACUAUGCUAGCUGGAUCCAUGGAUCGACUUUCAGGGGGAAAGCCAAUUUCCCUCUUGGACCAUUUGGACUGUCAGAGAGAAAAGAGGAGACCAAGUCCAAACGAAACGUCACCCAAGUUCUAGUUGCACACUUUCACUUCGGACGACAUUCUUCAUCGGACAUCGCUCAAUCUCCAUGGAGCGAUUGACAUGAUCGCCCAGGUCAAUUCGUUCCGAGAAGCUCAUCCAAGAACAUGUUAGUCAUGCAGAUGCUCCUACCGCGGUUUCUGGUUUUGGAGAUCGUGCUUUUCUUUCAUUGUCUCCACAACGGGCAAGGCUGCAAGAACCAAAUUAAACAUGGUCUCGACAAGAUCCGGUCUUCUCACCAGGAUCGACCCAACGCUCCAGUCAAUGAAACCGUCAUUCAAAGCAUUAUAAGCACCGAUCCUCCGCCUCUUCCGCCCAAAUCUUUCCAAUGCGCCGUGGACAUUCACGCCCAACAAGUGCGUUAUUUGCCGUUGUUCUUCCACCCUGCUACCGAGGAAUUCCUUCUCCCUAAUGCGGGCUCUGAAAACGGUCAACGCAUCUUGCGAUUUCCUAUAGGCGAACCCGUGAUGGCCGCUUGCCCGGGGGCCAAAUUGAACGUGAAUGGAGAGCGACACUUGCCGGUCAUGUGUCUGGGGGAAAAUGACCUCUUCGAUGCCUCCGGUCAAAUUGUGCCCUUCUCUGAGCUUUCGUGUUCCAGGUCGAUACGAGAGAUGGUCCAGCCGGAUGAAAAUUCACCCUGUGGUCCCGAGGGCCAAGGUCAUGGGGUCAUCAUCGGGUGGAAAGCACCUUCAGGGGCCUUGAAGCCUCAGAUUAGAAUUUGCCAUAACUCGGAAUUAGAGGCCACGUAUUAUGCUCGACAUACCUUAUUUGGUGGUGCACUGGAUGCCAAAGAAGUUCAGAGCUCUCGACCCACUUACUUUAAGGAGGGCGGGUUCUAUGACCAAAGCUCAGCCGACCAGGCCUACAAGUUAAGGACUCAACGGGAAACGUUCAAGUCCAUCUUGGGCGCCACUCAAGGCUCGAGGGUUUUCAAAUACAGACGAUCCUAUUUGGCCAAAGGCCACCUAGCACCCGAUGCUGAUUUCAUAUUCAAAGAAUGGCAACACGCCACCUAUUACUUUCUCAAUGUAGCUCCGCAGUGGCAAUCGUUCAACAAUGGAAACUGGAAAGCGGUCGAAGCGGCUGUGAGGAAUUAUGCUAGCUUGACCCAAGCUAAUCUGGAUGUGUUCACCGGAACCUUGGACCCAUUAAAGUUGCUCACCGAUUCUGGUUCCAAGACACGUCUACACUUAGCUAAAAAGGACGUCGAUCAAGAGCAAUUUGAUUUGAUUCCGGUGCCGGAGUUCUUGUGGAAACUCGUCUACCAUCCCCAACUGAAUCAAGCCAUCGUGUUCAUUGGAUUGAAUAAUCCUUUCUUUGAAGGAGAUCCUGACCAAGAGAUUCAAAUAUGCCCCGACAUAUGUGCCUCCGAAAAGUGGUUCUUUCUAUAUCAAAAAAACAUCGCCAAAGGCUAUUUGUAUUGUUGUAGUUAUGCAGACUUCAAAGCCGCCAUCGAAUGGAUCCCAGAUUUAGGAGAUCCGGAUAUUCUGGAGAAUGUUUUACCACCCUUUUAGGGGGGCAUGAUGGGGAGAUCUCCGCCCAGCCCUUGAUGGGACCUUUAUUCCAAUACUCAAUCACGUGAUGAUCUCAUGAAAUCAUCUGGAUGAAAAUAUUUGCUUUGGUUCUCAUCCCUUAAAAGAAGAUAAUAUUUAUGUCAAUCGCAUAUUUAUCCUAAGUGAUAAUAUCAAAUAAAUAAUGCAAUGAGUAA